AAGGAAGAAAGGAGAUGAUGAGCAGCUGCUCGCCGAUGCCUUGACCUGUUUUUGCACCUUCUUUCCGAGCUAGAUUUUAUGCAGCGUUGCAUCCUCUGCAGGGUGCACUCCAUGCAGCUUUGCAAAGGAAAGGAAGGUAAGGAGCCACAGCUGAUGGGCCAGGUUUGAGACUCCUCCUCCGCACCCAAACACUCCCCUUUGCCCAUGCAGUGCUCAUGCUUCCAGGUGCUGGUGGUGGCGCUGGCACUUGUGGCUGGCUUGCAGUUGCUCUAUUUGGCCUUGUUAUCAGGACUGCAUGGACAGGAUCAACGGUCCCGCUAUGCAGAGCUUUUCCAAGGGCGCCGGUCCCUGCCCAGCGAUGGGCACAAGGAGAGGCUCAAGCAGGUGUUGGCCAGCGGUGGCAGCCUGGAUGCCAGCAGGCAGUACCGCAUCUACCAGGACAUGUUACGUGGUACUUGGGAUGGUGAGCACAGCCAAGAUGUGGUGCUGGUCACCCACACCAGCCUCAGCAAUUUGCAUCACACUCAGCAACUAGUCGAACGCUGGAGAGGCCCGCUGUCAGUGGCCCUCUUUGCUCCAGGCUCCGCCGAAGUCCGCCUCGCCACAGUGAUGGUUUAUGCACUAGCAGCCCUAUGUGCACCAAUCCGCCAGCUCGUUCGCCUCCAUCUAGUGUGCCACGCCGAUCAAGUCGCUGCCUUCCCUGAGCUGGAGGAUCAUGAUGAAUUUGCCAGGCUCCAAGCCUGUGGAGAUGUCUUCACCAAGCUGGCACGGGUCGGGGCUGGGCAUCGUAAUUAUGCCAUGGAUGUUGUUAAUGCUUCCUAUCCCAAUAACUUACUACGUAAUGUGGCUCGGAGGGCAGUUGGUGGGCAUUGGAUGCUGGUGGUAGAUGUGGACAUGGUGCCCAGCGAGGGGUUACGGGAGGCCUUUCAGGCAUUGCCCAGAGUUGCUGAUGAGGGGACUCCAGGGGUUCUUGUUGUGCCGGCUUUUGAGAUCCGUCAUACUCGCCGCAUCCCUGGCACCAAAAUGGAACUACUGCAACUGUACCAAGUGGGAGAGAUCCGGCCUUUCUAUGAAGAGCUGUGCCCUCGAUGCCAGGCACCCACCAACUAUUCCCAUUGGCUGAACCUUCCAGUGGGCGGCCCCCUACAAGUGGCUUAUGAAGUAGACUGGAGGGACCCGUGGGAACCCUUUUAUAUCGGUGCUAGUUCUGUGCCCCCCUAUGAUGAACGUUUCAAGCAGUAUGGCUUCAACCGCAUCAGCCAGGCUUGUGAGCUCCAUGUGGCUGGGUACCGUUUCUUAGUGCUCAGCAAUGCAUUUCUGGUGCACAAGGGCUUCAAGGUUGCCAGUGAAUUCCAUGCACAAAAGGAUGCCGAGAACCAGCGCAACAAGGUGCUCUUUCGACAAUUCAAGCAGGAACUCAAGAUCAGAUACCCCACCUCACCAAGGCGGUGCUGACUUUGUGGGGAGGGGGAGGUUAUGCUGAGUCUGUUUUGGACCCUGAUGCUAAUUGCACACUGCCUCGACAGAAAUGUCCAACUCAGGAUGCUGAUGCUACCUAUCAGUGUUUAUCUGGAGAACCACUUCUGUGCCAGUUGGAGGGAGGGGGCAUAGCUGCCCGCCUGUCCACUUUCUCCAAUGAUGUUUGUUGCUGCUAAAAUAUUAUCAGUGCUUUAUUUUGGAGAGUCUGUGCCUGCACACAUACACAUACCCUGACCUUUCCACCCAUAAAGAUCUUGGUUUGUCUGGCAGGAGAAUAUCUUGGCUGACUUUUUGCAGGGUCUGUUCACCCUGACUUUGCAGUGCAAGAGUAAAUCAGAACUGAAACCUGACAGUCCAGAUUAUAUCCAUCUAUGCAGCUAUGCCGGUCUAAACCUAUUGAAAUCAGUCACCUUAAACUGACAUUACUUUUUCAUAGGGUUGUACUGCGAGUUAACUCCAGACAAGACUAACAAUUCUUAUAGUGCAACCCUAAGCAGAGUUACUCCAUUGAUUUCAAGGGGCUUUGAUGGGAAUAACUCCAUUUAUGAUUACACUGUAAGUUCACCUUUCAGUGAGUUCAUUCUGGAAUGAACAACUGCAGGAUUGUUUCAGGUGUGUGGUCGCUGUUUUACACAGAGAAACACGUUGAUUUGUGAAAUAGCCAACACUGGCUAAUUCACUCUGGGAUUCCUAAUUCCUUGGAACAAGAAACAUAAGCUAAUAGCCUCUGGAACUUGAUUGUGUGAACAAACUCCAGGCCCCACAUUUUCCACUUGCUGUUUUUAACAAACAUUUGAUCCUUCCUUUCUGUCAGUUUAUUUUCCCCUGGUUGGCAUCCUCUAUAAAUGUUUUAUGAUGCUUAAGGGGUGUGGGGGCAGGUCACAGAGCUUUGGGUCUUAGUGCUGGAGAGUGACUUGGAGUAGAAAGCUGAAACACAAUCCCAGAUUCUUGAUUUUUGUCCCUGACAUUGCUUUUCAAGUUGGUAGCUUCUUUUUCUGUGUAAUGUAGUGCUAUACUUCCUGGGGCUGGAAGUGGGGAAGGGAUAAUUUAUUUCCACUGCAAUUUGCAAACAAAUUAAACUGAAGAAUUUGGAGUUAAAA